AUGGAGGAGGCAUCCGCGUCACCAUCUGCUGCGUCGACGGCACUAACUCAAGUGAACAUAGAGUUUUCGAACAACGACGCGUUGGUGCCGGCCCCCAAGGCACUGGUCGGCACCACUGACGAAGGUAGCCGUGCUCCUUGCAAUCGAAAUAGCCGACGCAUCCAGUUCCUCGACGACGGCAAGCUGUUCGAAGGCCACUUCACCGUCCAGUCGCGCAAUCUCAAAACUAUUAUCCAGUACCUGGCGAACCGGCAAAGCGAGCAGGAUGUCAUCAUCCAAGAUUUGCAGAAGCAAGUGCACCUGCUGCGUACUCGCCACGUCAAAGCCAGGCAGCGGGCGGGAGGGGGUGGGGGAGCGUCUCUACGGACUGCCACUGCCUUUGGUGAGCUCCCCGCUGGGCACGGUGUGGUAGAGCGGGUGAAGAGCAUCGAACAGUUCCUGCAGCUGUGGGGCGUGCGCUUAGGCGAGGUCGCGGCGCUUGUCGAGGAGCACGGCGAUCCCGUCAUCACCCCCGACGCGUACACCUCGUACCUGGUGGAUCUGCCGGCGUUUCGCUUCGCUCGUCGCGAGACGCGCGCUUUCGUGAUCAGUGCCAGCCAACAAGCCCCUAUGAGCACCGCCGCCACCGCUGCGUGCGACACGGCAGCGCGUCGACGCAAUACCAGCAACCAACCGAAACGAGAGACGGCCUCGGCUGGCUCUUCCUCCGAUACCCAAAAGAAGUGUGACGACGGUGCUACUGAGACAGCACUCGAGAAGGCGACUGCCGCACUCGAGAAAGCGGAGAUGCUCUUGGAAGAGCUGCGCAGCAUUCCGGCGCGACUACCGCCGCCAUCCACCACUAAGGCCCGUCGAGCGGAGAGUUCGGUAUCGGUCCCGGACAAGGGCAGCAGUGGCGGUGGCGGCAGCGCAAUCGAUCACGAGGCCCGCGCAGACAUUGAGGAACUCGCCGACUACGUGAUGCGCCGCUUCCAGGAGCUAGAGACACAGUCGAUCAUGACGGCAGCAACGGUGGCCAGGGCUGCUGCUGCGCCGCGAGCGGAGAAGGGUGGUGGCAACAGUGGAGGGGGAGGCGGGGCUGCUGCUGCCGCUAAGGCUGCCUCAGCACGCCCCAAGCAAGCGCCAGCGAAAAAGCCGGUCUCGAACACCAUCUCCCCCUCGUCAGCACCGGCUCCUUCUCCGCCGCCGGGUGUGGUACCUGGUGAAGUGAUUGAUACUGUUGCCCGCGAAGACGCUGCGGCAUCGCUUGACCUGCUAGAAGAACUGGAAGUGACGAUGGAGCGUCGGUUCAAGGAGGUAAAUGGUGUCCUUGCGAACAUUGCGGUGCGCACUGCUUCCAUGGCAAAGCGCAUCAGCGGCGGUGCUCCUUCUGAGGCUGAGACCGAAAAGCAGCAGCAGCGCACCGGCUCGCCGUCGUCCUCGAAGAGCGUGUCGAGCAAAUCACGAUCGCCAUCCUCAGGCAAGCAUGCCGACAAGAACACUGAGUUGAAACCAGCUGUGGAGGAUGUCGAGACGGAGGUGGAAGACGCCCGCGUGUCGGCGUCUGCAUCUCCUAUGCCAUCCUCAACCUCCAAAGUGUCUCGGCCGUCAAAAGGCAAGGCAAAGCAGAUUGUCAGUGACCCUGCUGAACCUCUCAUCCCAAGGGCCGGGGUCGAUCAGGUGGCCAGAGAGGAAACGGCGAUCCUCUCAGACCGAGUCAGCGACCUAGAAGAGGAGUUGCUGGAUCGGUGGAAGGCGAUGGAGGAACGACUGCGCAUUAUAGGCAGAGCGGCCAUGAAGCAGAGCGCAGCUAGCGCCGCCGCAGGGCCGGGCGGCACAACUGCCACAACGGUGAGCCGAGCCCCUGUGGUGGAUCGCAAAGCCCGCGAGGACGCCGCCCUUUCUCUCAUGCGGCUACAGCAGCUGGAGAAGGACUUAGUACAGCUGAAGCGACAGUGGGGUUCUGCAGGUGCUGCCGCCAGGUGUGCCCUUGGCAGCGCUGACCCACCUGCAGGCCCAAACGAGACGGCACUCACCCCGGCGGUCGUAUCCAUGGAACCGAGCGUGCUGCUGCGGGAUACGUAUGGAAGCAAAGUUGCUGACCUUGAGAAGGAGGUGGAGCAGCGAAUGGCGGAUGUAAAUGAGGCCAUUGCGCAGCUGAGUAGUGGGGCCAUAGGGAUCACGCCCGGCCUCGGCUCCGCUGGCUCGGCGGCGCGAGUCACGGAUGGCACUAGUCGAGUGGACGUGCUUUUCAAUCUUCACACGCUGGCGCGGACGGCCCCCUCAGCACCUUCAGCGGAAAGCCUCGCAAUUUUGCCUGACCAGACGCAAGCGCAUCGAUCAGCGGUCACUUCACCCUCCGCUACAUCGGCUCAAAGCCACCUAACCUUACGGGCAGUGGACGCCGAUGCGCUUCCCGCUGUAGCAACAGAGGGCUGCUUGCCGGAAGUGAACCCAUCGCGGCGCGCUGAGAUGUAUCAGUCGCUGCUGGCACUCGGCUACGGCAAGAGCUCCGACGCGGGUCUCUUCACCGCCUACCCAAUGAAUGACACACCCUUGGGGGCUAAGCGCACGACAAUCAGCCGCCUACGCCCGCCUGACGAGCCAACGUUUGGCUCCAAUCUUGUACAGCGUGCCGUGAUUGACCUGCCGGCAGACACCACGAUAGCCGCUGCCGAGGAGGCUGUCAAUGCGGCGGAAAGGCGGAUUUCUGUUGCGAGUGGCACCGCCGCUGCCGCGCCUCUUGCUGCCGGUGUGCAGCGUGAGGCUGUUGCCGCAGCUAGAUCUUCACACCUCGAAGGUCGCUCCUUCUCCGUUUCUCCUCUACCCGGGGCUCCCAACGGCAGCAUCGCACGUGUGCGCAUGUCGGAGGUGAGAGGCGUGUCAUUUACAACGCCGAAGUCGCCACGUGAGCGCCGCCGCGAGACUCUUGGUCACACCGAGCCGUGCCUGGUUGUCAACUGCGCGUGGUGCGAUGCCGAGAAGGCACCGGAGUCGGUCAUCACGUAA